CGUUUCUCAGCUGUGAGAUUACAUUCACAAAGGAAACUUGUAACGCAAAGAAUUGCACGUUCGUCUCGCUUUACUCAAUCGAUUAAUGCUGAGUGAAAUGUGUGGCGUUUUCAAUUUUAUUUGCUUAUCUCAAUCUUACAAUCCGAAUGGAGUAAGACAUUAUUUUGUCGGUGGAGCUUGUCUAUUUCCGCAGAUGCUGUUGACGUUUGCAAUGAAAUAGCGUCACAUAUUUCUCUCUUUUUCUAUUCCAAAUGUUGAAAAUAUGAACGCGAUCAAGUAGAAGCUGGCAUUUGGACAGCCUGGAAUCAUCAGUGGCGCGCGCUGAACAUGCCCAUGCAGCUGUUUUCACGAGGUCUCUGGUGUUUUCUGGAGUUAAUGACCAAGUUGUGGCAUCACAAAUGAAUCAUUGGAGGCGUGUUUUCUGGAAGAUACUACAGUGGGAUAAGGGCAAUGAUCGCAAACGAUGGAGUUGGAAACGUUUACGCAUUGUGCGCUGGACUAAAAACGCAGUAACGCACGACUUUACCUGUGCGCCUCAAAUGAAAGUUGUGAGUCGGUAGGCGGCGCACGUUCAUACCAUAUGCUUUUCACUUCCUCGCUUAAUUUGAACAGAAAACAAAUACAGGAAGGAGACGGGGUCGAUCUGCUGAAUCACACUAAUCUUUCACACUAAAACUUUGCGACUGACGACGCAGUCUGUGGUUCAGGCUACCUUUGGGUGACAGAUCCAGCUUUUUAAAGUUUAUUGUACAUAGGAGGGAAUGUCAACAAUUCUGUAAGUUCCGUCGUAACACAUUAAAGCAGAAUGUAUUACUAUUUUAUAAAAGAGUUUUAGGAAUAGCAUAGACAUUUUCCGAUCCUCGCCGCGGAGUCAAGACAUCGACCAUUCGCAGAGGGGGGUUUACAUGACUAUAGGUUAUUGCGGUCACUCAAUGCGAUCAACUUCGAUUCAUCUGGCAGUAUCGAUUGUAAAUGAUGAAAAGGCUCAAUAGGCAAGUCACUGUUUUUGGCAGUGCCAUAUUUUGUGUAGUGGUCUUCUCAUUGUACCUGAUGCUGGAUCACCUGCAAUUAGACAAUACCAAAAGUCCAAACAACGGUGGGGAUAGAUUGCAAAAUGGCCAGUUGUCAAUCCUGCAGGGUAAGAUUGACCGCUUGGAAAGACUACUGGCAGAGAACAACGAGAUCAUAACCAACAUCAGAGACUCUGUGAUCAACCUGAAGGAGUCGGUCAAGGAUGGGGUUCCUGGUGGAGGGAACAUGAGCCAAGGACCCUACCCAGAACUGCUGGCUUUGCCUCCACUGGUCCUCCCUAUUGACUCCCAAGACUGUCAGUUUGCAGCAAGGGAGUUCUCUGAGCCAGCAGAUGGGGUGCAGUUGCUGGAUGUUUAUGACCUUCUGACCUUUGACAAUCCUGAUGGGGGAGUGUGGAAACAAGGAUUUGACAUCACCUACCAGGAGAAUGAAUGGGACAGCGAGCCACUGCAAGUCUUUGUUGUGCCCCACUCACACAAUGAUCCUGGAUGGCUGAAGACGUUUGACGACUACUACCGGGACCAGACCCAGCACAUCCUGAACAACAUGGUGGUGAAACUCCACGAGGACAGCCGCAGGAAAAUGAUCUGGUCCGAGAUCUCCUACUUCUCCAAGUGGUGGGACAACAUCGACGGCCAGAAGAGAGACGCUGUCAAGAGUCUGGUUGAGCGAGGCCAGUUGGAGAUUACAACUGGAGGCUGGGUGAUGCCUGAUGAAGCCAACUCACACUACUUUGCAUUAAUUGAUCAGCUAUUGGAGGGACACCAGUGGUUGGAGAGAAAUUUGGGCGUGAAACCCGAGACGGGCUGGGCUGUGGACCCGUUUGGCUACUCCCCUACCAACGCGUACCUGCUGAAACAGGCUGGCCUGGCCAACAUGCUUAUCCAGAGGGUGCACUACUCAGUCAAGAAACACUUUGCCAGUCAGAAGACCCUGGAGUUCUUCUGGAGACAGAACUGGGACCCAGCCUCCAGCACGGACAUUCUAUGUCACAUGAUGCCCUUCUACAGUUACGAUGUUCCCCACACGUGUGGCCCCGACCCCAAGAUCUGCUGCCAAUUUGACUUCAAGAGACUUCCUGGUGGGCGGGUCAGCUGUCCCUGGAGGGUCCCCCCUCAGCCAAUCACGGAUGGAAAUGUACAACAGAGGGUUCAGAUGCUGCUGGACCAGUACAGGAAGAAGUCCAAGCUAUUCCGAACCAAGGUGGUGAUGGUCCCCCUGGGGGACGACUUCCGCUACACAGAGGCCUUGGAGUGGGACCAGCAGUUCCAGAACUACCAGAAGCUCUUUGACUACAUGAACUCUCAUCCAGAACUACACGUCAAGGCUCAGUUCGGCACCAUCACGGAUUACUUCAAUGCUCUUCGUAAAUCGGCCACAGACCCCGGUCACACUGUUCCCUCUUUACCUGUGGUCAGCGGAGACUUCUUCACCUACGCAGACCGAGAUGACCACUACUGGAGCGGCUACUUCACCUCCCGACCCUUCUACAAACGUCUGGACCGCGUGCUGGAGUCACACCUCAGGGCUGCUGAAAUCAUCUACUCCCUCACCCUGGCCAAUAUUAGGAGGUCUGGGAAGCGGAAUGAUUUUCCAGCAAUGGAGAAUUACAGACUGCUCACUGAAGCCAGAAGGAACCUGGGCCUGUUCCAGCACCAUGACGCCAUCACAGGCACCGGCAAGGAAUUGGUAGUGAUCGACUACGGUAUCAGAUUGUUUCAUUCCAUUUUGAAUUUGAAACAAGUGAUCGUCAACUCCGCUCACUGGCUGGUGCUGAAGGACAAAAGUGCAUACAGUUACAAUCCCUCAAAGGCCUUCCUUCAAAUGGAUGAUAUCCAGCCUGCUCAAGAUGCCCUGCCUCGAAAAACAGUUCUGAAAAUCAGCUCACAGCCUAGGUCUGUGGUCGUCUACAACCCCACGGAGCAGGACCGCACGUCAGUGGUGACUGUGUAUGUGAACACUCCCCACGUACGUGUGGUCACAGACCACGGUCGUCCCGUCCCCGCUCAAGUCAGCGCGGUGUGGAGCGAACCCACCACAGCCUCCACAGAGGCCUUCCAGUUGUCAUUCAUAGCGCAGGUGCCAGCGCUGGGUCUUGGGGUGUACCUGUUAGGUGAGGCUGCGAGCGGCAGAGCGGAGACUGCAGAAUACGUCUUCUUCAGGCAGAGCGGCGAGCUUUCCGUCAACGUGAAGCACUUCACAGUUAACAUCCACCAGGACGCCUCCACCCCCCUCAGCAUCCACAACCCCCACCUCCAGGUCUGGAGCUCCCCCAUCACCGGCCUGAUGGAGAGAUUGAAGCUGAAAGAGGACGGCUCAGAACACCAGAUCAAGGUGGAGUUUGCGUGGUACGGCACAACCAGCAACCGAGAUAAAAGCGGAGCCUACUUGUUCCUGCCUGACGGGGAAGCCAAGAUGUACUCUCCCGCUCGGCCUCCAGUGAUAAGGGUUACCAAAGGAUCUGUGUUCUCUGAGAUCACCACUACCUUCGAUCAUGUGACGCACACUCUACGCCUCUAUCAUGUUCAAGGUGUGGAGGGCCAGGCGGUGGAGAUCUGUAACUCGGUAGAUAUAAGGGGGGAGUUCAACCGUGAAAUUACAAUGAGGUUAACAUCAGAUGUGGACAGCAAGGAUCGAUUCUUCACAGACCUCAACGGAUUCCAGAUCCAGUCUAGAAAAACCAUGGCCAAACUUCCCCUCCAGGCAAACUUUUACCCCAUGACCAGUAUGGCCUACCUUCAGGACCCCGGCACCAGACUGACCCUCCUCACCGCACAGUCCCUGGGCUCCGCCAGCCUCAAGAGUGGCCAAUUGGAGGUGAUCAUGGACCGUCGGCUGAACCAGGAUGAUAACCGCGGGAUGGGCCAGGGCGUCCUGGACAACAAAGUUACUGCCAGCUCCUUCCGCCUGCUACUGGAGAAGAGGGCCAAGACCGAUGGGGGGGAGAAACUCUCUACCCUCAGCUACCCGUCUCUGCUGAGUCACGUGUCGUCGCUGUACCUGAACCACCCUCUGAUCCCCAUGGCUGUGAGCACGGAGGCAGAGUCCCGGUCUCUAUCCCCCUUAAGCCCUCUGGCCUCAUCACUGCCCUGUGACGUCCACUUGGUCAACCUACGCACCAUCCAGUCCAAGGAGGAAGGGGGUGGGCCGUCGGACGAGGCGGCUUUGAUUCUGCACAGAAAAGGCUUUGACUGCGCCCUCUCGAAUAGGAACACAGGGCUACUGUGUGCCACCACGCAGGGGAAGAUCCGCAUGGAGAAGCUGUUUUCUGAACUGAAAUUCCAGAGCAUCACCCCUGCGUCUCUUACUCUGAUGCACACGCCUGAGAAAGGGUCGAACCAAGAGGAAAUCAGCCUUAAGCCAAUGGAGAUCAGCACAUACCGUGUGCAGCUGACAUGAGCGCUGGCCAGAGAGUCGGUGAUCGCCACGGAACAUGCCCAACAUCCGGCCUCUGUUCCUGUGCCGAAAAAACAUAGUCAGCGAGGCUAUGCAGAAGCCUGAAAUGCAUAGGACAUCCUUGGAACAGACAGAAGGAGGGAAAGAGGAAGAAGAGAGGGAGGACGAGAAGGAAGGAGAGAGGUGGAGAAGGAAAGAGAGGCAGGAGGAGAAGUAAAUGGAACUUGCUUAAGCUUAAUUCUACAAGUGCAAUAUUAUAUUGUUUGAGUCCAGUAUACCUAGUUAUGCUGCAGUCUCAGGUUCUGUAUGUGUUGGGAACGUUUGUGUUGCAAUUUCACAUGAACUCACUCUAUUGGGAAGACCACAUGUUCAGAUUUCCUUUUUCCACAGAUAUGAUUUUGUACAAUGUGAUUCUUUGUUUUCUUUAUACCGAGGUAUGGCUUCAAUCAUAGUGAAUAUUGCUUCAUGUCCUUGGCGUGCCUGAAAAAAGAUUUGAAGGCCAACUGAUUCUAAAUAUUAAUUCAAUAUUUUUUUAGCGGUCAACAUUUAUAUGUGAUAAAUUGUUAAUUGCAAGUGAGAUCUUGUUUUGUUGUUCGUUCCAAAGAGCAAGAAAUGUGCCUUAUUUCGCAGUUUUAUAAUGAGCCUUAUGUACAUAUCUUUGUAUGUUGGUCUUGGGAGAAAAUUGUCACUUACAAUUUGCUGUCGAUGCAAAAUGAAUGCAUUUCAUAGUUGACGUCACAAGAUUGACAUGUGGUACAUUAAUUGAUAUGGGUCUGUUAUUGUGACCUUCAUACAGUGGGGAGAACAAGUAUUUGAUACACUGCCGAUUUUGCAGGUUUUCCUACUUACAAAGCAUGUAGAGGUCUGUAAUUUUUAUCAUAGGUACACUUCAACAAUGAGAGACCGAAUCUAAAACAAAAAUCCUGAAAAUCACAUUGUAUGAUUUUUAAGUAAUUAAUUUGCAUUUUAUUGCAUGACAUAAGUAUUUGAUACAUCAGAAAAGCAGAACUUAAUAUUUGGUACAGAAACGUUUGUUUGCAAUUACAGAGAUCAUACAUUUCCUGUAGUUCUUGACCAGGUUUGCACACACUGCACCAGGGAUUUUGGCCCACUCCUCCAUACAGAUCCUUCAGGUUUCGGGGCUGUCGCUGGGCAAUACAGACUUUCAGCUCCCUCCAAAGAUUUUCUAUUGGGUUCAGGUCUGGAGACUGGCUAGGCCACUCCAGGACCUUGAGAUGCUUCUUACAGAGCCACUCCUUAGUUGCACUGGCUGUGUGUUUCGGGUCGUUGUCAUGCUGGAAGACCCAGCCACGAUCCAUCUUCAAUGCUCUUACUGAGGGAAGGAGGUUGUUGGCCAAGAUCUCGCGAUACAUGGCCCCAUCGAUCCUCCCCUCAAUACGGUGCAGUCAUCCUGUGCCCUUUGCAGAAAAGCAUCCCCAAAGAAUGAUGUUUCCACCUCCAUCAUGCUUCACGGUUGGGAUGGUGUUCUUGGGGUUGUACUCAUCCUUCUUAUUCCUCCAAACACGGUGAGUGGAGUUUAGACCAAAAGGCUCUAUUUUUGUCUCAUCAGACCACAUGACCUUCUCCCAUUCUUCCUCUGGAUCAUCCAGAUGGUCAUUGGCAAACUUCAGACAGGCCUGGACAUGCACUGGCUUGAGCAGCGGGACCUUGCGUGCGCUGCAGGAUUUUAAUCCAUGACGGCGUAUUGUGUUACUAAUGGUUUUCUUUGAGACUGUGAUCCCAGCUCUCUUCAGGUCAUUGACCAGGUCCUGCUGUGUAGUUCUGGGCUGAUCCCUCACCUUCCUCAUGAUCAUUGAUGCCCCACGAGGUGAGAUCUUGCAUGGAGCCCCAGACCGAGGGUGAUUGACUGUCAUCUUGAACUUCAUCCAUUUUCUAAUAAUUGCAGCAACAAUUGUUGCCUUCUCACCAAGCUGCUUGGCUAUUGUCCUGUAGCCCAUCCCAGCCUUGUGCAGGUCUACAAUUUAUUAUUGAUGUCCUUACACAGCUCUCUGGUCUUGGGCAUUGUGGAGAGGUUGGAGUCUGUUUGAUUGAGUGUGUGGACAGGUGUCUUUUAUAGAGGUAACGAGUUCAAACAGGUGCAGUUAAUACAGGUAAUGAGUGGAGAACAGGAGGGCUUCUUAAAGAAAAACUAACAGGUCUGUGAGAGAUAGAAUUCUUACUGGUUGGUAGGUGAUCAAAUACUUGUAGGUGAUCAAAUAAAUGCAAAUUAUUUACUUAAAAAUCAUACAAUGUGAUUUUCUGGAUUUUUGUUUUAGAUUCCGUCUCUCACAGUUGAAGUGUACCUCUGAUAAAAAUGACAGACCUCUACAUGCUUUGUAAGUAGGAAAACCUGCAAAAUCGGCAGUGUAUCAAAUACUUGUUCUCCCCACUGUAUAUGUACUGUGGUGAGUGAUAAAACAUUUUUUGUUGCUUUACACAGCUACAACAUUUUUUUAUUUUUUUUAUCACAUCUUAUGAUAACCUCAGUGCAGUAUAUCUACUGCUUCAACAGAGAUGUGCAACGUCCUCACUUACACCACCUCUACUGUCGUUUUGUGAAGCUCCUCUUGGUAGAGCACACAAGUCGGAUGUUUUGUUCCAUUCAAUCACUUGCAGGUAAAGGGAAACUGCACUGCGAGUUCACUUGGAAUGUUCACACAAAUUUCUACCAAUGUUGCUCGCUAAGAGUCACAUUUUGUCAAUUUUUUUUCUAUCUUUCUGUAAAUAUAAUGUGAGAUUAAAAAAGGAUGAAACCCAAGUUACCUUGGCCAAUUAAAUGAAAUAAAGUGCAUAAAACAAUUUGCACUUGUUGUAAGACACUAUUCCCUCCAAAAUAAUGCUAGCUGCAAUCACCAUGGUAAAAAUGUUUUUGGAUCAGUAUUAUAACAAAGAGCAUGGCACAAGUCAUGUAUGUCUCUUUCAGAUUCAGAUUUGACCUCCCAUUUGUUGAUAUUCAGGCAGCUCAUAUGGUUUGGUGUCCUUCUUGACUUUCUCCACCCGCCUCCUCAUAAUCUCUUUGAAUUGUUCCUCUUUUUCCUUUUGUACUUUCUCUAAUUCAUUUUGUUCAGCAUCUUCCUCCUCUGCCAUUUUGAUCUGUAGUUCUUUUUGCCACUGUAGUGAAAUGAAAAUACAAUUGACUUGAAUUUC